CACACCGAGUUGGCUAGCAGCCAAUCAAUGUCGUGGUGAUGGAAUACAUGAGCCUUUCUGAAGCUUUGAACUAGUUUAUGAGAAUCACUUGGGAAAAUGAUUCACUGUCUGUGUUUCGAAACAUACCCCAAACUCGUUUUAGAACGAAGGCGCAACAAAACUUUUGAAACGAAGUGAAGUAACGGCGCUUCCGUUCACGUGACCUGGCCGUUUCGAUAGAGUCGCUGUUUCGAGUAGCCACGCCCACUAGCAGCUUGUGCAGUUGGGCGGGAUUUACAGUAAUACGGGUAGGAAAAAAAAUUUCCUGACCCAAGGAGACCUCAGAACAAGGAAGAUUAGUACAGUUUACUUUCUCCAGGUUGAUAUCAGGCCAGCGAGUCAGGCAGUACUGCCUGCGGUUCACUGUAGGCUAAGCUCGACUCUAGCUGUUUUUAAGGAUGGCAGUGGAGUCAAUAUCACCCGACUGGGAGUUUGAUCGCUUUGAUGACGGAUCUCAGAAAAUUCACACAGAAGUGCAGCUGAAAAACUAUAACAAGUUCUUAGAGGACUACACGUCUCAACUGAAAGCUAUAGAGGAAGCCCUGGACGACUCCAUCGGAGAUGUUUGGGAUUUCACUUUAGACCCGAUAGCACUGAAGCUCCUCCCUUAUGAACAGUCUUCCCUUUUGGAGCUAAUUAAAACAGAAAAUAAGGUCCUAAAUAAAGUCAUUACAGUCUAUGCGGCUCUCUGCAGUGAAGUUAAGAAGCUGAAAUAUGAGGCUGAAACAAAAUUCUACAAUGGCUUGCUGUAUUAUGGUGAAGGAGUUUCAGACACCAGUGUGGUGGAGGGAGAGUGUCAAGUUCAAAUGGGACGCUUCAUCUCAUUUUUACAGGAACUGUCUUGCUUUGUGUCUCGGUGCUUUGAGGUUGUGGUUAACCUGGUUCACCAGCUGGCUGCACUGUACAACAGCAACAAAGCUGCCACAAAAAUCAUUGAGUCAAGUGGAGUACAUUUUCAGACGGUAUAUGAGCAUCUAGGUGAACUCCUGGUGGUUCUGAUCACCUUGGAUGAGAUCAUGGAGAAUCAUGGCACUUUAAGAGAUCACUGGAAGAUGUACAAAAGAUUACUUAAAUCUGUCCACCACAACCCAUCUAAAUUUGCUAUUCCUGAAGAGAAGCUGAAGCCUUUUGAGAAGCUUUUGUUGAAGCUGGAGGGCCAGCUUCUGGACAGCAUGAUCUUUCAGGCUUGUGUAGACCAGAGAUUUGAUAAUCCUGGGGAAGGUGUAUCAGUCUCUAAAAACAGUGCCUUUGCUGAGGAGUUUGCUCACAACAUUCGCACUAUCUUUGCCAAUGUGGAGUCAAAACUUGGGGAGCCUGCAGAGAUUGACCAAAGGGAUAAGUAUGCCGGGGUCUGUGGCCUCUUCGCCCUGCAUUUCCACAUUUUUCGUACAGUGGACAAGAGGCUCUACAAAGCUCUUUUGGAUGUGUGUAAAAAGGUCCCUGCAGUUACACUGACUGCCAACAUAAUCUGGUUUCCUGAUACAUUUUUGAUUAAUAAGAUCCCAGCAGCAGCCAAGCUGAUGGAUAAGAAAAGUCUCCAGGCCAUUCGUAUCAGCAGAGAUACAUUCUUACAACAAAAGGCACAGACACUAACAAAGGAUGUGCAGUCUUACUAUGUUUUUGUAACCUCCUGGAUGAUGAAGAUGGAGGCCAUCUUAUCUAAAGACCAGAAAACUGAGAAACUCUCAGAAGAUCUGAGCAAUAGGUGCAAUGUAUUCGUACAGGGAAUCCUAUAUGCAUACAGCAUCAGCACUAUCAUAAAAACCACCAUGAACCUCUACAUGUCCAUGCAGCGACCCAUGACCAAGACCUCUGUGAAGGCCCUGUGUCGUCUAGUAGAGCUACUGAAGGCAGUAGAGCACACGUUCCACCGGCGAUCCCUUGUGGUGGCAGACUCUGUGUCCCAUAUCACACAGCAGCUGCAGUCACAAGCUCUAGCCUCUAUUUCUACAGCUAAGAAAAGAGUGAUCUCUGAUAAGAAGUACAGUGAGCAGAGGCUGGAUGUGCUUUCGGCCCUGGUGCUCGCUGAGAACACACUGAAUGGCCCGAGCACCAGGGAGAGAAGACUGGUGGUGUCCCUAGCGCUCAGUGUGGGCACUCAGAUGAAAACAUUCAAGGAUGAGGAGCUUCUGCCGUUACAACUUGUCCUAAAGAAACUGGACCUCAUUAGUGAAUUAAGAGAGAGGGUCAAAGUGCAGUGUGAUUGCAGCUUUCUCUACUGGCACCGUGCAGUGUUUCCCAUUUACCUGGAUGAUGUUUAUGAUAAUGCUAUGGAUGCAGCUAGAAUACAUUAUAUGUUUAGCGCUCUAAGAGACUGUGUGCCCACCAUGCUAUACGCCAAACACAUGGAGUCCUGUGAGCAGCUACUGGAGUGCUAUGACAGCGAGAUCAUGGGGGUCUUCACUGAGCAUUUGUUGGACAAGCUGUGUAAGGAGAUAGAGAAAGACCUCCGUCUUUCUGUGCACACACAUCUCAAGCUGGAUGACCGUAACCCUUUCAAAGUAGGCAUGAAAGAUCUGGCUCACUUCUUUUCCCUGAAGCCUAUCCGCUUCUUCAAUCGCUUCAUAGACAUCAAAGCCUAUGUCACACACUACCUGGACAAAACAUUUUACAACCUGACAACAGUGGCACUCCAUGACUGGGCCACGUACAGUGAGAUGAGGAACCUGGCCACGCAGCGCUAUGGCCUGGUCAUGACUGAGGCUCAUCUCCCCAGCCAGACUCUGGAACAGGGGCUGGAUGUAUUGGAGAUUAUGAGGAACAUCCACGUUUUUGUCUCACGUUAUCUCUACAAUCUGAACAACCAGAUCUUCAUUGAGAAGACCAGCAACAACAAGCACUUGAACACUAUCAACAUUCGGCACAUUGCUAACUCCAUCCGCACCCAUGGGACUGGUAUCAUGAACACAACUGUGAACUUUACUUAUCAGUUCCUCCAAAAGAAGUUCUACAUUUUCAGUCAAUUCAUGUACGAUGAGCACAUCAAGUCCAGGCUUAUCAAAGACAUCCGUUUCUUCAGAGAAACUAAAGACCAGUCAGAUCAAAAGUACCCCUUUGAGAGGGCAGAAAAGUUCAACCGUGGUAUUAGGAAAUUGGGCAUCACUCCAGAUGGCCAGAGCUACCUGGACCAGUUCAGACAACUCAUCAGCCAGAUUGGUAAUGCAAUGGGGUACGUACGGAUGAUCCGCUCUGGGGGUCUUCACUGCUGCAGCAGCGCCAUCAGGUUUGUUCCUGAUCUUGAGGAUAUUGUGAACUUUGAGGAGUUGGUGAAGGAGGAGGGUCUCACUGAAGAGACUCAGAAAGCAGCCAGCGUUCUAGACUGUGUACUCAGCGACCUGACCAGUAACUCAGCUGAGGGAACUGAGUAUUUCAAAAUGCUUGUGGGAGUUUUUGCCCCGGAGUUCCGCAGCGUGAAGAAUAUGCACUUGAGGAACUUCUACAUGAUCGUUCCUCCUUUGACAGUAAACUUUGUAGAACACUCCAUCAGCUGCAAGGAGAAGCUGAACAAAAAGAACAAAAGUGGUGCAGCAUUUACAGAUGAUGGCUUUGCCAUGGGUGUUGCUUACAUCUUGAAGCUGCUGGACCAAUAUCAGGAGUUUGACUCAUUGCAUUGGUUCCAGGCAGUUCGAGAGAAAUACAUGAAGGAGAUGAAUGCAGUGGUGAAAGAACAGAAUGUUCAGGCCACCAACCAAGAUGAGAAACUGAUGCAGACCAUGAACUUAACUCAGAAGAGACUAGACAUCUACCUGCAGGAGUUCGAGCUGCUGUACUUCUCUCUGAGCAGUGCACGGAUAUUCUUCAGGGCCGACAAGACUGCAGCGGAGGAAACUCAGGAGAAGAAGGAUAGGGAGGAUGCUGCUUCAUCUGAGGCUGCUGCCACCCCUGAGCCGGGUGCCAAGUGAAACUAAAAACAUCUCCCACUUCAAGUCUUUAAGGUCAUAUUACGGAGUGGAAACAAACCAGCUUAUCCAGAAACUGUAUAGAGUGCCAUGUUUUGGAUUGUAACUCAGUAUUGCAUGGCAAGAUAAAAGAUAAAUGGCCUGUGGUCACUGACCGUGAAUCAGGAACAUGCAGUGUGAAUGUGUAUUCCUUCUAAUGCACUUAGGACUGGAACUGACUGUGAUCUGCUUCUAGAAAAACAUGCUCAUGUCACUAUUAUUUUCUGCAUUGCUAGACAGAUUUUGUCAGAUAACUGUCAGGUGAGCAAGUUUGGCAGCUGUAAUUAGUUGGUGAAUGAGACCUUUUUUUAGUUUUAAGAAAUAUUUUAGUAUGGCAACUGUUUUGAAAUACUAAAGCAAAGUUUGAUUUUUAAUUACAAAUCAAAUCAUCUUUGAUAAUUUCCCUUUGCUAAUUUGAUUAGAAAUGUCUUUCCAGAUUCUUCAUGAUAAUGUAUAAAGUGGAGGUGCUUAUAUAACAGGUUCUACAUGGAGGUAGGCCAGUUGCUAGAUUUACAACAGUGACAGUUUUACAAUGAGUUCCGAGUACAUUCUAAUGCACUUAAGAGAAGAAUAAAAGAUUGCAUUUCUAGCUAGGUAAUUUUCAUAACUAGGUGUCUAACUCAGUUUCUUUGGUACAGUAUGCUAAUGAGUUAUAGUUCUGCAAUUGAUUCUGCUCUGAGAAUGUCCUGUCCAGUGUAACACUCUAUGUAAGGAGAAAUAAGUGUUGUGUUGAGCAAUGUGAAAAGGUGGCAUUUUUUAAAAACCAACAUAGGCUCUCUGGACAAGAAAUUGCUCACAUCCGCCUGCCAAAACUUCAUUGUACAGUGAUGGGACACUGGGACAUAUUCACUGGCCUGCAAACUCACCAGAACUUAAUUCCAUAGGAAACUUGUGGGAUUAUUUGGAACAGCAGGUGAAACACCAAGAUAGGUACCAUGAAAUCUCACGAGGUUGCACACCCUGUCAGUGAAGGGAAGGGAAAAAAAUUAAUAGGAACUCUCUCAAUAAACUGGCGGGAUCCUCAUGUGACCAGAUUGGCGAGGGGAGGCCUGCCCAAGUAUUAGAAGAGAAAUGACACGAUUGAUUUUUUGUUCAGUGAGCUCAAGUCCAUGGAAAUGUAGCAAACUAACAUUGUAUUGAGUACCUAUCUGUAUAAAAAUGUGUGCAUCUGAAGCUUUGUUUGUUUGUUUGUUUGUUUUAAAUGCACAUAAUGCUUAAUGGUAGAAUUUUUGAAAACAUUCCAGUUGAAUACAGACUUUCCUCCUUGAACCGUUGUCAUUUUUUGUUUAAAAAAAGUAAAAUAAAAUAAAAAAAAUAGCAUAAUAAUAAUAAAAAUAAUAAUAUAAUUUGUGGAAAACUAACCAUUAUGUGUAAUGUCAUAAAAUAAAAAGAUUUCUUGGAAUACA